AAAAAAGUUUUUAUAAAGAUGAAUUGUUUAGAAAACAGAGUUUAAAAGCAAGUAUUUGAAGUUGUAAUGCAGAUGAAGCGCUAAUGACGACGUGUCUUUUUAACCAGGAACAUUUUCUGAUUUUCUAAGAAUGUCUGCAAGAAAUAAAAAGAAGAGUUCUUCAUUUCCUGUCUGCACAGAAAGUGUAAGACGUUAUAGCGGGGUUAAAGAUUAACCAAGUUGCGAGCGGCGCUCACUUUGCAGCCGAACGUGGUCCCGCCAGACGUCCGCCAUGAGCUCCUUCGCUCACAUCCUCCAGGAGGUGGGAGAGUUUGGCUUCUUCCAGAAGCGUCUGGUGGCCAUCUUGUGUAUCCCCAGCAUCUUCAUGGCCUUCGACGUCAUCGGCCAGGUGUUCACGGGCCUGGCCUUCCCCAACUUCUGCGACACCUCCUGGAUCCUGGAGCGAGGAGCCAACCUCGUGCCGUGCCUCAACGGCUCCACCUUCGAGGCGCCGCCGGGAGCCUCCAGCGUGGUCACUGAGUUCCAGCUGGUGUGUGACAGAAGUUCCUUCAUCGAAGCGUCCCAGUCCGUCUACAUGGCCGGAAUUCUUGUGGGGGCCUUGCUGCUGGGGGCCAUGGCUGACAGGUUCGGUCGGCGUAUUGUGGUCCUGCUGACUCAUCUUUUUCUCUUCUUGUUCGGCGUCACUUCUGCCUUUUCUCCAAAUAUUUAUUUUUACAUCACACUCAAAUUCCUGUGUGGAUUUUCACUGUCUGGAAUUAUCACCACCACGUUUGUGAUCGGUGGAGAGUGGUGUGAGUCGUCCAAGUACGCCCUGUGCACCAUCGUCAUUUACACCUUCACUUCAGUGGGCUUGCUGCUCCUGUCAGGUGUUGCUUACCUCAUCCGUCACUGGAGGAUCCUGCAACUUGUCCUCUACUCGCCUCUUCUGCUGCUGCUGCCUCUUCUCUACUGGUUUCUGCCAGAAUCUGCUCGCUGGCUCCUCACUCAGGGCAGGAAGGAGGAAGCCGUGAAGGAACUGAGGAGAGCAGCAAAGGUCAAUGGCAGGACCAUCUCACAACAUCUGCUGGACAAGCUGGAGAUGGAGGCGUGUCCCCACAGAAGACGCAGACAAAACCUGUUGGACAUCUUCAGGAUUUCCUACUUGAGAAAACGAGCGCUGGUGAUGAGUUACAUCUGGUUUGCCACCAGCCUGGUCUACUACGGCCUGAGUCUCAACGUGGGGAACUUUGGUGUCGACGUCUACUUGACCCAGUUCAUCUUCGGCCUGGUGGAGAUUCCUGCUGUCCUCGGCUCUCUGCCGCUCAUCCAGCGCUUUGGCAGGCGGCCGGGCCAGGCCGGAUUGUUGAUGUUUGCGGGCGCCGCCUGCCUCACCAGCAUCGCCGUGCCCAAAGAUCUCCCCGUGGUGACAACGGCCAUGGCCGUCAUUGGGAAAUUCGCCGCCACCGCCUGCUUCACCAUCACGUUCGUUUACGCGCCGGAACUUUAUCCCACCACGCUGAGGCAGAACGGCAUGGGCCUCAACUCCAUGUGCGCGCGCGUCGGAGGCAUCCUGGCGCCGCUGAUCCGACUGCUCCACGCCUACCAUGACGUCAUCCCCAUGUCUUUAUAUGGCGCGGUGCCCGUCAGCGCCGGGCUCCUGUGUUUGCUGCUGCCGGAGACGCGCGGCGUGGAGCUGCAGGAUCACGCCGAGAUGACGUAAUGAUGACGUCCUGACGCUCACGCGCCACGACUGCUUGGAGCAUCCACGCCCUUCGCUUUGUUUUGCAGGGAACAUGGCGCCGGAAGCAGCGACCGCGAGGAGGACGGAGGAACGGAAACGCCCUUCUAGCGGAGAUGCGCUGUUACCAUGGCAACAGCCGCUCGCCAACACAGAAGAAAACAUCAAAUCCUCAAGAUAUUCUCUCUUUUUGGACUUUUAAAAAAUUUCUAUUUCUUUAUUAUAAUUUUUUUUCUCUCUUAAUUUUUUGGACUUUUGAAAAGGAACAAGUCGUUUUAUGAUAUGUACUCGUUCUGUACUCCUGUUUACAUUGAAGUAAAACAGUGAAAUAAUCAUACAAAACGUGAACAUGAGUGCUUUUAAAUGAAAGUAAGCAACAAAAGAUCGAACAUUCAUGCUUUUAAUUGGACAGAAGAUGUCAGGUUUAAGCACCAAACUAUCUAUUAAACAGGACAAGAAGCAAGGAAUCAAGCAGAGACCGAUUUCAAUGUUGCUCAUGGGGAGAAACGUAUGGUGCUGCACACUCAGUUAUAGUCUCCCACCACGCUCUGAGGUACAGCCCCCGCACUCCCCAUUUUAUUCAGGAGUUCCCUAGUUACAUCGCUGAAGCUGCUUCUCAAGGGAGGGUACACAUAUUACACAAGCAGCUCCAGUAGACACAAU